AUGCUCUCAAAUAAUAACUUAAAGAAGCUUGCGAGGAAUUGUAAGAAAAAUAAUUGCUAAAAGAAGAAUGGGCAGAUGAGGUCUAAAGAGUCUCUGAAACGAUUAACAUAUUGCAAAAUGAAAAUUCUUGUAAAGUUACAAUAAGAAAAUGAACAAUUGCAAAGAAACUGUUCAGAAUCUAAAUACUUAAUUGAGCAAUAAGUUGAAUAAAUCACUAUUUUGAAGGAUUAGAAUGACAAAUUAAUUAGUUAGUUGGAUUAAUGCAGAUAAUAAAAUUUACAAAAGGAAUUAUAUAUAAAAUAGCAAAGAGAUGAUAGUCUUAAAUCAAUAGAGUAAUUGCAAUAACAAUAAUUCGAAGAAAUAAAAAAAUUACAAGGAAUAAUUGAUAAUCAAAGUGGUUUAAUCUAAUCUUAUGAGAAAUUAAAUGAAAUUGAGAAACAGGAUACUCAUAAUUGUAAAUAACAACAUUAAAUUUUGUUUGAAGAUUAACUUAUUGAAUUGAAGAAUAGAAAUAUCAUUCUAUAAAACAAAAUUAAUGAGGAGAAAUAAAAAUAUGAAUAAUUAUAUGAAUAACAUAAAGAUGAGGUCUAAAAACUGUAAAGUGUUAUCAAGGAAUAAAAGGAAUUAUUGAAUCAAUACGAGAGAAUUAUUGAGAGAGAUAAGAAACAGGUUUAAUAGCAACAAAACUAGAACAUCACACCUGCUCAUAAAUAAUACGAAAUAACAUAAGUGCAGUAAUCUUAGCACAUGAAACAGAUGCAUUAAAUACAAUAAGUUCCAUAAUAACCCUUAUAUUCACAACCUAAUUUGAAUCAAAAUAUCUACCAAUAAACUUUGACAUCGCCUGUCCUAUAUGAAAAAUGUAAUUAGCCAUCCCUUUAUGAAAAAUGCAAUCAGCCAUCCCCAACUUAUAUCCACACUUAACCUAAUUAUGCAUAGCCUCUAUCAUAAAGGCCACCAAAGACCUUUUUCACCAAUAAUAAGAUAAAUCAUCAGUUACAAUAGAUUACAAGGGAAAAAUAAUAAAACUCAAGGGAAUAUUGCUAAAAACGCAGUUUUCAUUUUGAUGAUUAAGAGGAUAGUAAAAGAGUUGAAAAAGAAUUCUAGGAAGAAUUUUUGAAUAAGUUUUAAAAUGUAAUUGGAAGAAUGGAAGACAAACUUUCCUAAAUGCAAAGCGAACUCAACAUUUCUGGCAUUUCUGAUAAACCAAAAAAAUUAAGAUGA